AUGGGGAAAAAAAUUCGUCCUCCAUAUGCUUUUUUGUAUCAUGGAUUUAAAAAGUAUUCUAUGAGGAAGGUUAAAAUAUUGAUUGGAAGAUGUGGCAGUGGCCAAACUGCUGAUAUCGUUCUUGAAUCCACCCUGAUAUCUCGCAGGCAUAUUGAACUCACAUGGUUCGCUAGUUGUCUAUUUCUCAAAUGUAUUGGCAAAAAUGGGAUAUAUAUCAAUGAAACCUUUCGAAAAUCUGGAAACAUACUGUAUAGAUUACCAAGGAGAUGUACAAUUCGUUUUCCCAGUACAACUAUUCAAUUGUCGGUUCAUUGUCAGCCCAAGUUACGUCUUGACAAUGAGGAAAAAAUAACAGAUUUUAGCCCCCACGAUGACAAUAUAGUUGAAAGCCCACAACACAUAUCUGACGUAGAAGACAGUGAUUCGACGUUUUUGAAUCGGAUUAUUCCAUCGGCCUCAAAAAAUCGUCGUAAACAGCUUCUGACUUCAAUAACUGUUAACAAGCCAUUGAUCGUAGAUAAAUCAUUAAACACGCAUUCGACAAGUUCCACUCAGAUAGCAGAUGCAUCGGGUUUUCAACAGAAUCAAACAUUGAUUCAGUCUCUACAGGUAAUCAAUUCUUCUGACCAGCCACAGUUAUUUUGGAACUUUCUACCUAACACUACUACUAACUACCCAGUGAUUACAACUAUGAAACCACCCUUCUCAUUUGCCCAACUUAUUGUUCAAGCUCUGGCCAGUCAACCAACUCGUAGGUUGACUUUAUCGGGGAUUUAUCAAUUCAUCAGUCAAAAUUACCCAUAUUAUCGCUUGGAGGAUAAAGGCUGGCAGAAUUCUGUCAGACACAAUCUCUCCUUAAACAAGCAUUUUUGUAAGACACCGCGUUUGCCAGAUGAGCCAGGCAAAGGCUGUUAUUGGAUGAUAGACCCCCACUAUGAGGAACGUUUCAUCAGUCAGGCCUUUCGUCGACGAAGAUAUCAAGAAGAGACUAGAAACUUUUCUUCGUCCACACGGCGGCAUCAAAGUGCUGCCGCAAUCACAGCCGCUUUUCGCCCGAUCUCAUCUUCAAACUCGAUAACCCGACAAUUUGCUGUUAUUUCACCAGCUGCCACUAGCAGAACAACUUGGAGACCAGGCCAAGCACAAAAUGCAUCAUCUUUUGGUGAGUCAGCUAAAUUGACUUCCGCUUUUAUUACAGUAACUGAACAGCCCAUUCACGUUAAUAAAACGCCAACCCAAAGCAACCCUGUGUUGUCCGCUCAGUUGGUUUUGCCAACUACAGAGGGUUUCAACCGAGCAUCAGUUUCACGGACGACAUCCAAGCGAAUUCUUGUUUUACGUCAUCAACCGGCUGUUACUACAACCUUGUUAGUAAGCUUGUGA